GCAGAUACAAUCAAAAAAACUCCAAGAGAAAAUCAUCAAAGACGAUCGAAUGUUGUAUGAGAUAUCUUUUGCUCGAAUACUAUAAAAAAUACUAGCCAUGGAGCAACAAGGAAACCAAGGAGAUCUUUCAGACGAUGAAGGAAUCGGAGACGAUGAUUUACUGGAUAUUGUUGAAGAUGAUGAUGGCGAUUUCGUCCUCGACGAUGAUUUAGCAGAUGUCAUGGAAGACUUGUCUGUCGAAGGUGCUGCAGGUGGUGGUGAUGGCAUCGAGGAUGAUGAUGCUGAUGAAGAUGAUACUGUAGAUGAUGCCAAUGUCACAUUUGAAAAACAUACAGGCUCAGUGUUUUCAGUUGGUGUUGAUCCAGUUAAUAGCUUGUUAGCUGUAUCUGGUGGGGAAGAUGACAAGGCUUUUGUCUGGAAACUUGCUAAUGGAGAAGUGAUGUUUGAAUGUACAGGGCAUAAGGAUUCUGUCACACAUACAGGAUUUAGUCACGACUCUAAGCUUGUGGCUUCUGGAGAUAUGAGUGGAAUGAUCAAAGUUUGGAAUGCUAGCACAGGGCAGGAGGUGUGGUCUUUUGAAUGUGCAGAUCUUGAGUGGCUAGACUGGCACCAUGCCGUUAAUGUCUUGCUAGCCGGCACAGCUGAUGGGGACACAUGGAUGUGGAAGAUUCCAAGUGGUGAUACCAAGACAUUUCAGAGUCAUGGCUGUCGCUCCACUUGUGGAAUGUUUAUGAAAGAUGGAGCCAGAGCAAUUGCUGGAUACGAAGAUGGCACAUUAAAAGUUUGGGAUCUGAAAAAAGGAAGUAAUAUAUUUCACCUGUCAGAUGGUACAAGUCACCAGGGUCCUUUGACUUGUGUUGACUGUAACAAAGAUGAUGUUCUUAUUGCAUCUGGUUCUGAAGACUCAACCGUCAAACUUAUCAACAGCAACACUGGCAAGGUUUUGACAUCUCUUAAUGCUGGAUUUCCCAAUCCAAAGGAUGAUACUGACUCUCCACCAUCUAUAGAAUCUGUCUGUUUUUCAAAAGUUAAUCCUGUACUUGCCACAGCUUCACUAAGCGGUGUACUAGGGCUUUGGGAUCUCAGCACGCAAAGACUCAGACAACAGUGCAAGCAUCCAAAUUCAAUAGUGAAGGUGAGGUGGGACCCUUCUGGCCCUCUGCUCUACUCUUGCUGUCUAGAUGGUGUUGUUCGCAUGUGGGACAGUAGGUCAGGCACAUGCGAAAAAGAGUGGUGUGGGCACAAAGGAGAGAUUCUGGACUUUACUUUGAGCAGGGAUGGCAAUGUUUUAGUGACUGGUUCAGGAGAUACAACGGCAAGGGUUUAUAAUCUACACAGCCCAGAAAGAUAACAUUACCAGGCUAAUUCAAUAGACGAGGUUCAAAAAUGCUUUGUCAUCAUGGCUCGGCAAAAUUGAAUGCUCUAUAUUUGGUCCAGACUUCUAGCAAAACCAGAAGACGCCUGAGAGCAGCGUUAGAUGCUUCAUCGAUGUCUAGUCAAGCAAACAAAGUCGUGUUGUCAUCUGGAUAUCGUUAUCUGCAUUUAUUGUUGUGAGAGUUCUUGUGAUUCUCUUGCUUUAGCUUUUAGUCUCGCCAGCCUUUUCCUGUCAAUGCGUUUUUUCGCCAUCACAAAGGACGAUAUUGCUGUUGUCAUUAGCACGACCCUGAAAUAAAUAUAAUACCACAAUAA